CGGCGCUAGUGGCGGGAGGGGCGCUCGUGGAGGCGCAGCUGCAGCAGCAACCGGCGGAGAGGAGGACGACGAUGACACCUCUUCAACUGGCAGCGACCAGCAGCAAGAGCCAGACCCAUUCUACGACGAAGCGGCAGACGAUGCGGAUGAAGCUUGGGCCAAUCGCCAGCGGGGCGGCCGGGUAUCCGACGCCGUACUCUCCUGCCCUGGCUGCUUCACCACCCUCUGCAUCGACUGUCAGCGCCAUGAGAAGUUCCACCAGCAAUACCGAGCCAUGUUUGUAAUGAACUGUCAAGUGGAAGAGGAGGGGGAGGAGGACGGCGGCGCGGGUUUUAACCCGGCGUCACCAGAG